GCUAUCUAAUCCGCUUUUGUUAUGUAUGAUUCUAGCACGCAGGCUUAGGACGAGCCAAGAAUGACUGAGUCUCUAGUACACGCGGCAUCGCGUCUUGCUGAAUGCUGCGCACUGCUGGCAAUUGGUUAUAACCUUAAGCAAACGGGAGUUCUGAGAAGUAGCGAUGGCGAGACGGCGAUCAAGCUGGCAUCGACAUUGACGCUGCCAUCAGUCAUAAUACAAGCUUUUGGCAACGGCCCCCCUCUGGGCCCCAGCUCCCUCUCUCUAGUGGGGGUGGCCUCCGUGUGCCUGGGGGCGCAGCUGGCGGCCACAUGGCUGUACUGCGCCCAACGGCCCCCCCGCGAGCGUGCCGUACUGUCCGGCAGCUGCACGGGUCUGGAGCUGGGCGGCUGGGGCUACCCGCUGGCCGCGAUACUGCUGAUGUCGGGGCCGGGGGGGCCGCACUCGGGGCAUGCAGCAGGGGGGGCAGCAACAGCAGCAGGGGCGCUGGGGGCAGGUGCAGCAGCAGCAGCGGGGUGGGGUCCGGGUGCUGCUGCUGCCGCUGCCGGCGUGUUGCAGUGUGUGGCGCUGGUGGACAUGGUGAACAUGCUGGCAGUGUGGCUGGGCAGCUACCUACUGAGUGCCGGCGCGGGCCCCGCCUUCCCCGCCGCCUUCCCGCACGAGGACGGGGGCAGCUACCGGGGGCAGUGGCGGGGCAUGCGCAAGGAGGGGCUGGGGGUGUACACCUAUGCCAGCGGUGCCCGCUACGAGGGCGAGUGGCGGAACAACGUCAAGGAGGGGCGGGGGGUGUACCACUUCCCCAAGGGCGGCGUGUAUGAGGGCGAGUGGUCCAAUGGAAGCAUGAACGGUCUGGGAGUGCGCACACUGAGCUCAGGACAGGUCAAGGCGGGUCGCUGGCGUGACGGUGUGUUGGAGACCCCCCUGGAGCUGUGGCAGGUGGCGCUGGCGGCGGACGGGGCGGCGGCGGUGGCGGCAGCAGCCAGGAGUGUUGAGGUGGGCGGCGGGCGGCUGGUGGAUGCGGCGCAGCAGCUGGCGGCGCAACCGGGCUUGUGGGCGCUGCUGGCGGGGCUGGGGAUGAAUGCGGCCAGGGUCGCGCUCCCCCCCUGGCUGAGCCAGCUGACUGCCCCCCUGGCGGCCGCACACGCGCCCCUCAUGCUGCUCGCCGCCGGCCUCACCGCCCCGCAGCUGCCGGCUGCCCUCAAGGCGCUGCAGGGGCCGCUGCUUCCUGACCUCGCCCGCCUGCUGGGCGCACGGCUGCUGGUGCCGCUGAGCGUGGGGCUGCUGCUGCUGCUGGACACCAUGCUGUCCGCAGCGGCCGCAGGAGUGGGGGCAGCAGGAGCAGCAGGGGGUGGCUUUGGAGCGGUGUUGGGGCUGGGAUCUGGGUUUGGUUUGGUGCCUGCAGGUGCGUUGCUGCCGCUGGCGGCUACGUUGAUGGCGCUCCUAGCUCCGGUGACGUCUCAGGGCCUGGUGAACGCCCGGCGCUUCCGUCUCAACGAGCAAACCGCCGCCGCCAUCUCAGCCGCCUCCCUCCUCACCUCCGUACCCCUCAUGCUCCUAGCCGGCAUCGCAACCUGCAUCACCGGCGUCACCCGGCUGCCGUCAAUGCCGCCGCCGCCAACUCUGCCGUACAGCGCCGCCGCCGUCGCCGUGGCCGUCAACGCCUGGCCGCUAGCGGCCUUCGCGGCGGCGGCGAUAGCCGCCGUCGCCGCCGCCGUACGCUACGCCACGCGAAGUACGGAGUACGGCACGUCUGGGGGGCAGCGGCAGGAGGCCGGGGAUCGGCGGGUUCGCAUGGUGUACGUGGGGCCAGUGGAGCCGCCAGCCACGUCAGCAGCGGCGCCGGCGACGAUGACGUCGGCGGGCAGUGAGGCGAGCCAUCCGGUCAGCGCUGGUGCUGGAGCUUCUGGGGUGGAGGGAGCAGGAGGGGGCAGCACAGCAUCGUCCACGGAGGCGGCGGCGGGGGGUAGCAGCGGCGGUGGUGGUGGCGGUGGCAGGGCUAGCGGCGACGAUGAGGGCGCCGGGCCCAGCAGCAGUGGUACCGGCAGCGGCGGCUGUGGCAGCAAGGGCGGACCUGGGGCGCGGGGGCCGGGGGCUACACAAGCGGUGUCGCAGGCAGCCCCGGUGCUGCAACGGACGCUGGCGGGAGCAGCGACGGCGUCAUGUUGGGGGCGGCAGCGGUCGUACGGCAGGGGUUUCGGAGCGCAGGGCGUACGACAUGGCAGUUGGGUGGCGGCGGCGGCGGCGACACGGCAAGGGAGUUGUACGGCUGCUGCUACCGGUGCUUCGACGGUGGUUUCGGCGCAACCGGCUCGGGUGACGAUGGCUCAAAUGUACGGCAGGAGUACGGCAACGAUGUCAGGUUGCGUUGUACGGCGAAGUUACGUAGUGGCUAUGGCUCGACGAUUGCAAGCGUUGCGGCGGACUACCGGUACCUCGCUGCAUGCGCGGUAGGGGUAGAAUGGUGCAACUCCAUGCGGCGCGUACGGCAGGGGCGUUUUGUGGGCAUUGUCGCCGGGGGCCUCAGGAUCUCUUCGUUGAGGUCCCCUGUUGAGUUGUGGCACAGCCUGGUUGGUGUUUGGGGAUCCAGCAGGGAUUCUUGUCGGAUCGAGUCCCCUGCCGAAGUCACCGCUGCGUUUUGGCUGUCGGCAACCUGCUGUAAACAACACGUGC